UGGUACGUGGGACAGCCGCUCAUCGGUUUUGUUUUGACAAUGAUGGAGGAGGACGAGUUGGAAUUUGCUGAGGAUUUGGGGGCGAUUCUGCAUCUAACUCCGGAGGUGCAACAAGCCAUUGAACAGGUGUUCCCCAGCCAAGACCCACUGGACAGAGCAGAUUUUAAUGCUGUGGAGUACAUCAACACACUGUUCCCCACAGAGCAGUCGCUGGCUAAUAUUGACGAUGUGGUGAACAAGAUCCGCCUGAAGAUUCGCCGUUUAGAUGACAACAUCAGGACAGUGGUGAGGGGCCAGACCAAUGUGGGCCAGGAUGGUAGACAGGCACUGGAGGAGGCCCAGAUAGCCAUUCAGCAGCUCUUCGGCAAAAUCAAAGACAUCAAGGACAAAGCCGAGAAGUCUGAACAAAUGGUCAAGGAGAUUACAAGGGACAUAAAGCAGCUGGACCAUGCCAAGCGCCACCUCACCACCUCCAUCACCACUCUCAACCACCUGCACAUGCUGGCAGGGGGUGUGGAUUCCUUAGAGGCCAUGACCAGGAAGAGGCAGUACGGGGAGGUUGCCAAUUUGCUGCAGGGUGUGGUCAACGUACUUGAACACUUCCAGAAAUACAUGGGCAUACCCCAGAUUAGACAGCUCUCUGAGAGAGUGAAGGCAGCACAGAGUGAACUCGGAACACAGAUUCUUGCUGAUUUUGAGGAGGCAUUCCCCUCUCAGGGAUCCAAGAGGCCAGGAGGUCCCAGUAACGUGCUGAGAGACGCCUGCUUGGUGGCCAAUGUGCUGGACCCGCGCAUAAAGCAGGAAAUCAUCAAAAAGUUCAUCAGGCAGCAUCUCUCUGAAUACCUCGUGCUCUUCCAGGAAAACCAGGAUGUGGCAUGGCUGGAUAAGAUUGACCGUCGAUACGCUUGGAUCAAGCGGCAGCUGGUCGACUAUGAGGAGAAGUACGGGCGCAUGUUCCCUGAAGAGUGGUGCAUAACGGAGCGUAUUGCCGUGGAGUUCUGCCACAUCACUAGGGUGGAGCUUGCCAAAGUGAUGCGAACACGAGCGAAGGAGAUUGAGGUCAAGCUGCUUCUCUUUGCCAUUCAGAGGACCACCAACUUUGAGGGUCUGCUGGCUAAGCGUUUCACAGGAUGUACCCUGACCGAUGGACCUGGACACAAGAAGCCAGAGAGUCCUUUAGAACCCACCAACCCUUUCCUUGAGGAUGAGCCAGGGGAGGAUGUCGGCUCUGAGAAGGAAGAGGAUCUGGACAGGCCUCGAAAGCCCAAACCCCCGGAUAACCCUUUCCACGGAAUUGUGUCCAAGUGUUUUGAACCUCACCUGUACGUCUACAUAGAGUCCCAAGACAAAAACCUGGGUGAGCUGAUCGACCGCUUUGUGGCUGACUUUCGCGCGCAGGGCCCCCCUAAGGCGGGCACGGAGGAAGGGGGCGCGGUGCUGCCAAGCUGUGCUGACCUCUUUGUUUAUUACAAGAAGUGCAUGGUCCAGUGCUCGCAACUGAGCACCGGAGAGCCCAUGAUUGCCCUCACAACCAUCUUCCAGAAGUACCUGAGAGAGUACGCCUGGAAAAUCCUCUCUGGCAACCUGCCCAAAACCAGUAGUAACAGCGGGGGCCUCACCAUUAGCAGCCUUCUGAAGGAGAAGGAAGGCUCGGAAGCAGCGAAGUUCACCACAGACGAGCUCUGCCUCAUCUGCAGCAUCCUCAGCACUGCCGAGUACUGUCUGGCAACUACGCAACAGCUGGAGGAAAAGCUGAAGGAGAAGGUGGAUAAGGUCCUGGUGGAAAGGAUUAAUCUGACGGGAGAAAUGGACACGUUCAGCACUGUGAUUUCCAACAGCAUCCAGCUGCUUGUUCAAGACCUCGAUGCAGCCUGUGACCCUGCUCUCACCGCUAUGAGCAAGAUGCCGUGGCAGAGUGUAGAGCACGUGGGUGACCAGAGCCCUUAUGUGACAUCGGUCAUCAUGCACAUCAAGCAGAAUGUGCCGAUCAUCAGAGACAACCUGGCCUCUACACGCAAAUAUUUCACUCAAUUCUGCAUCAAGUUCACAAACUCGUUCAUCCCGAAAUUCAUCAACCACCUUUUUAGAUGUAAGCCUAUCAGCAUGGUGGGGGCGGAACAGCUCCUCCUGGACACCCACUCCUUGAAGACGGUGCUGCUGGACUUGCCUUCCAUAGGUUCUCAAGUGCUCCGCAAGGCUCCUGCCAGCUACACCAAGAUAGUGGUGAAGGGUAUGACUCGUGCAGAGAUGAUCCUUAAGGUGGUGAUGGCCCCUCACGAACCACCGGUGGUGUUUGUUGACAACUACAUCAAGCUCCUGGCUGAUGGGAACCCUGAGACCUUCCAGAAGAUUCUGGACAUGAAGGGUCUGAAGCGUAGUGAACAGAGCAGCAUGCUAGAGCUCUUCAGACAGAGGCUACCCACUCCCCCCUCCGGAGCUGAUGGUGGCUCCUCUCUGUCCUUCAGCACCCCCACCCCCGAGCAGGAGUCUUCUCGGAUCCGUAAACUGGAGAAGCUCAUCAAGAAAAGACUGUAAACUGCCUCACACACACACACACACA